GGUUUGCUUUCUCUCAGUGUUCCUUCAGUCUUCACAAUCCUUAUCCAACAAGAAGCUCCAGGGAUGUGAAAACAUGUAAAGAACAUUAAGGAAAAAAACCCCAACAUGGAGAAAAAAAAUGGCUUGGCAGCUGAAUGAAUGUGAGCAAUGAGGGAGAGAGUAUUCCAGGAACUGAUAACUAAAAGGACAUCAGAAUUGGACAGAUAACAAUAGUUGUGAAUUAGCUGCCUAUAGCUUCCUGUUUCAUGAGAAGGUGUUUCUUUGAAAGAAAAAUACCACAGACUCAGAAAUUGGGAAAGUCUUAGAGGUCAUCAACAAAAUUUCAAGUUACUCCAGUUUUUCCAGGUUCCAAAACGGUAUCACCAUCAUACCUAGAUUUAAUGAUUCUGGGCACCAGUGGGAAUCUCUUACAACCACAUAAUUUCAUGCUGAUUGGAGAGUUCCAAUAGAAAAUCAAAGAACUUUUUUUGUUUUGUUGUUAUUUAUUGUUUCUGCGAGGCAAUCAGGGACAAGUGACUUGCCCAGGGUCACACAGCUAGUAACCAUGAUUCUCCAGUCCUUAACUUUCACCUGUUUGUGCCUUCUGGUGGCUUGCAGUCCGGAAUUCCCCAGUCACAAAGUCAAUCCUAGGGGCUAUCCCUGCAGUAUCAGAAGGAAUUCUUCCAUUAUUGCCGACUGCCGAGCUUGUCGACUUGGCGAUGUUCCUAAAGGGCUAGAGCGGAAUGUGACAGAAAUAGAUCUUUCUUUCAAUUUCAUCAUGAAUAUAACAAAUGAGUCAUUUGCAGGAUUGAUCAAUCUUACCAAAAUAAACUUAAACAGCAAUGCAGAUUCCCAGGUGGAGGACAGGAAUGUUGAUGCCAGUAAAAGAGGCUUGAAAAUUACAGAUGGGGCCUUCUUUAACUUGACAAAUUUAAAGGAACUGCAACUAGAAGACAACCAGUUACAGAAAAUGCCUGUUCGUUUGCCACCCUCCCUAACAAUGCUUAGCCUUGUGCUAAAUAACAUUGACAACAUCACCAAAAGCAGCACUUCUGGACUUACUCAGCUGAAAAGCCUCUAUUUAGGUUGGAACUGUUUUUACGGCAAUGAAUGUAAAAAAAAUGUUUUCAUAGAAGAUGGAGCCUUUGAAGAUCUUGCCAAUUUAAAUGUGUUAUCGCUAUCUUUCAAUAACCUUUCCAAUGUGCCCACCAAGCUUCCUCCAUCCCUCAAGGAGCUUUAUCUCAGCAACAACAACAUCAAAAGAAUCCAUCAAGAUGAUUUUAAAGGUCUGGAAAAUUUAAUGGUUCUGGAUCUUAGUGGGAAUUGUCCAAGGUGCUUCAAUAACCCAUACCCUUGUAAACCCUGUGAAAAUGGUGAUUCAAUCCAUAUACAUGAUAAUGCUUUUCAGAAUCUGGCCCAACUAACCCACUUGAAUCUCUCCAGCACUUCUCUGAGAACCAUCCCUGCUUCCUGGUUCAGCAACAUGACAAAUCUAAAGGAGUUACUUCUUGAAUUUAAUUACUUAGUAAAAGAAAUAGCCACUGGGGACUUUCUAACAAAAUUGCCCAAUUUAGAAAUUCUUGACUUCUCUUACAACUAUCUCAAAAAUGAUUAUCCACGCUAUAUUAAUAUUUCAAAUAAUUUCUCCAAACUGGUCUUUCUCAAGACAAUACACCUUAAAGGUUAUGUGUUCCAGGAACUCAGGAAAGAAGAUUUUCAACCCCUAGCAAAGCUUCCAAACCUACAGAUUAUCAACUUGGGUGUUAACUUUAUCAAUCACAUUGAUUUCACUUUAUUUGAAGAGUUUCAUAAUUUGAGUGUGAUUUAUUUGUCAGAAAACAGAAUAUCACCCCAGGUAACAAAUAGCUUGGGUAAAAAUAGCAACUCUCUGUCAUUCUCUAAACAUGUAAUUCAUCAACGUUCAAUAGAUACUAAUAAUGAACCAUUAGUUCGUUAUACGAUAGACCCACAUAGAAACUUUUACCAUCAUACUACUCCUUUAAUGAAGCAAGAGUGUACAUCUUAUGGUAAAGCCUUAGAUCUCAGCUUAAAUAGCAUUUUUUUUCUUAACCACAACCUAUUUGAAAGUCUUCAUGACAUAGUCUGUCUGAAUUUAUCUUCCAAUGGUAAUGCACAAGUUUUAAAUGGCAGUGAAUUUUCAACUAUAAAUCACACCAAAUAUUUGGACUUGUCUAACAAUAGGCUGGACUUUGAUAAUGAUGGUGCUUUUCAAGAAUUACAGGAGCUGGAGGUAUUAGAUCUCAGUCAUAAUGAACAUUACUUCCGAAUAGCAGGGGUAACCCACCGACUGGGAUUUAUUCAAAAUUUAACCCAACUAAAAGUUUUAAACUUAAGCCAGAAUGACAUUUUCACCUUAACUGAGAAUCAGCUGAUAAGCAAAUCCCUGAAGGAAUUAGUUUUCAAAGGCAACCGCCUAGACAUCUUGUGGAAGAAGGAAGAUAAAAGCUUCAUUGCAAUUUUUAAAAAUCUCCACAAUUUGACCCGGCUUGACCUAUCCUUCAACAGACUUCAUACGAUCCCAACUGAGGCAUUCCUAAAUCUUCCCUUCAGCCUUGAGGAGCUGAGGCUAAACAAUAACCACAUGAGUUUCUUUAAUUGGACAUCACUCCAAUACUUUCACUCCCUCAGACUGCUUGAUCUAUGCUCUAAUUCACUCUCCACCAUAAGUUUUGAUAUAUCUAAUUUUUCAGUGCAGACCCUAUUGCUGAGUCGAAACAAAAUUUCAUGCCUCCCUGAUGACUUACUUUCUAAUGCUAAGAGACUUCACCAACUUGACUUAGGUUAUAAUGACAUAAAAAUGAUCAGGAAGUCAACAUUUCAAAUGAAGGCCUCAAAUCAUCUUCAGAUUUUAAACUUAAAAGGAAAUCCUUUCGAUUGUACUUGUGAAAUCAAGGAUUUUCGUAAAUGGAUGGAUGAAAAUCUUAAUGUCACAAUUCCUAGAUUGGUAGAUGUCACUUGUUCCACGCCUGGAGACCAAAAAGGUAAAAGCAUUAUGGAACUGGAGUUAACAACCUGUGUUUCAGAUCUUGUUGCCGCCAUCUUUUUUUUCUUUUCAUUCAUUAUUACGCUGACCACUAUGGUAAUGGCCACCUUUCAUCAUUUGUUCUAUUGGGACAUAUGGUAUAUUUACCACUUGUGCUCAGCAAAAAUAAGAGGUUAUAAGUCUAUUUCCACAUCCCAAACAUUCUAUGAUGCUUUUAUUGCAUAUGACACCAAAGAUACUUGUGUUACUGACUGGGUAAUAAAUGAGCUCCGAUUUCAGUUGGAGGAGAAUGAAGAAAAGAAGGUUCUCCUUUGUCUAGAAGAAAGGGAUUGGGACCCUGGAAUAGCUAUUAUUGACAAUCUCAUGCAGAGCAUUAAUCAAAGCAAAAAGACAAUAUUUGUCUUAACCAAAAAAUAUGCAAAAAACUGGAAUUUUAAAACUGCUUUUUACUUAGCCUUGCAGAGGCUUAUGGAUGAUAAUAUGGAUGUGAUCAUUUUUAUCCUCCUGGAGCCAGUGUUACAGCAUUCUCAGUAUCUGAGACUGAGGAGGCGGAUUUGUAAAAGUUCUGUUCUUAAGUGGCCUGAUAAUCCAAAGGCAGAAGACCUGUUUUGGCAAAGUCUUAAAAAUGUGGUCUUAACAGACAAUGAUAGCCGGUACAAUAAUUUGUAUGUCAAAUUCAUUAAAUAACAAUAAAGAAUGGACCUACUCCAAAUGGUAGGAAGAGAAA